AUGGACGAUCUUGAUGAUGAACUAGAUAUGCGCUACCAUCGCGGGGUGACGCCUGAUGUUUACUAUCGCAUCCCUAGCACAGAGUCUCUUGAUGGUGCACUCCAAAACGAGCUAGAAAGGAAUGCAUCGAGCUUGAUUCCCUUAGAUAUAGUGACCGAGUUUGUUUUUGCGGUCGCCUCCACCGUCACCAUCCCCGUGACCCAGCAACCCAACUUGACGGCUCUCAUUGAGCCUCAGGACUUUGCACAGAGCAUCCAAGUCGAAUAUGCCUUGUGUCGACACAGUGAUGGUAAAGAAAGACUCAAGAUCCAGAGGGCGAUAUCCAAAUCUAUCGUAGCGGCCAUUGAGGAAACUGAUGGGUUCAAAUACUCCGAGCGUCAUGCUUACAACCCCAAAACCGGUGGUGAUGGCGCCCGGCUUCGAUAUGUUUGUCAAGACAGUCUGGAGAAUAGAGACAGGAAAGCCAACAAGAAGAAAAAGGUGGAAGACGCAGAAGAGGACGCAGAGGGUAUCAAAGUCAAUCCUGGCCUGGUGCCAACACACAACUGUGGUGGUGCGAUUCAUAUCAGAUUCUCGAUAAAGCGCGAAGCUAUAAACGUCGUGUACAAACACAACCCUAUCCACCGGGAUGUUGGGAGCCGACAGACGAAUAGUGACAGCAACUCGGGCGCCCCAGAAACGCAGAAGGGAUCUGCACCCCGGACCACGAAGACGUCGAAUGGAACCGCACAGACGAGGAAACGGAACAAAAAAGAUCAUCCCGUUGCAGUCGAUGAUUUCCACAAUCCAGAUCUUGACAUGUCCACUUCACCCGGAGCUCCCAAAUCUGCAGUCAAGAAGAAGCGUAAGAAGAACGAGACGGUAACAUCCCCAGAUGUCAAUAAGAAAUCUUCUGCAAAGGAAAGCACAAAAUGCAAAGCCACUGCAGCACCUUCCGCGGCUAAGUCACGGGAGAAAGCCACAACUAGUGAGCCUUCAGCAGCGCCACGACUGGCUAAGAGCAAGGCCUGCAUCAGGUGUCGCGAGAAGAAGAUCAAAUGUAACGAGGCAAAGUCAAGUUGCGAUCAAUGCAAGAGGGGUCUAUGGACAUGCCAGUAUGAAGUCGUCGGGCUCAAGCAACGCUCGAAGAAUGGCUGUCUCAACUGUAAGCAACGCAGACGUAAAUGUACGGAAGAAAAGCCAUCUUGCGCGUACUGCUUGAAGGUUGAUGACGACUGCAAGUACACCGAGUACUCUUGA